AUGGAAGACUCAAGACCCGCAAAGCGACAGAAGCGUCGCUCUGUAGCGUGAGCUCAAGCGAAAUUCAAGCAGCUCAACUUUGACAUAUGCUGAUGGCGAGGCUAGUUGCGAAAGAUGCCAUUCUCAGAAGAUCAAAUGCACGGGGGAUCGUCCUUGCCAGGGCUGUACCAUUGCUAAGAAAGCAGAUGGCUGUGCUUAUCCCUUCAGGGACCGCAAUGUUAUUGUGCGCGAGAGCUAUUUGGAGAAGAUCGAAGCCGAGAUCGAAGAACUGAGAGCUCAGGCUUCCUUAAACACGCCCCAGAACUCGAAUAUCGACCCUGCCGGAAAUUCAAUUCACAGUCAAGCCGCCUGUGCCCCGGUCGUGGAUCCCGACGUCCCAAAUCCGCUCCUUGAAGUCAAUGAUGGCUUGUUCAGCGGUCAGGAAUCUGCCCAACCGAUCUACAUUGGCCAAGCUAGCGACACGGCCUUCGGAGACCGUUUGCUUCAUUGUAUCAACAAGGCCUACAACGCAAUAUCUUGCAAUACCAUGCCAGAUCACAUCACGCACCCCUCAUUCAAUCGCCUCCUCAACCGAGACUUCCAGCUACCAAACAGGAACCAAGCAAACUUGCUUGUUCGGAGAGCUGAUAGCUUCAUCGGCAGUAAUUACCACCUCUUCGAGAAACGAUCAUUCUAUCGGAAGCUUGAUCGUGCAUACUCGUCGGAGGGACCACCCGACUUGCUCUUCACUUGUCAUUUGUUCGCGGUGCUUGCUUUGGGCGAGCUCUAUUCCAACUGUAAAACUUCUCCUGGUGAAAGUCGGGAGCGGAUACCGGGCACUAGCUGGUUUGUCCAAGCAAUGAGUCUGUUGCAAGACUUGUACGAAAUGGCCUCGAUUGAGCAGGUUCAGAUCCUGUUGCUCCUCGUAAGUCAUCAGAACAGAGUCUUCUUCUAGACGGGAUCUGACGACGUCAGUCUUUUUAUGCCAACGCACUGGGGCGCAUUAAGAGUGCACAUGUCUACUGUGGCAUCGCUUUGCGCUUGGCUGUUAGCCUCGGGUUGCAUCGUUCACCAUCUGGAACCAGUACGAUGGACCCUGUUCAACGCGAAACUAGACGCCGAGUCUGGUGGACCCUGUACUUGUUCGACCGGUACGACCUACUUCUUCCUCAUGCCAUCAUCCUUGUGACAUUGGGAGAAUUUCACGCUGACUUUGCACAGAAUGAUCAGUUCUAAGCUUGGAUAUCCGCUGGGUAUUCAAGACGAAGAUAUAGAUGUCGAGCUUCCCUCCAUGGACGGUCUUUCGAAAUCAGAGCAAAGCGAGUUCAAUGAUCCGGUUCAUCUUCGUGCGCACGCAACUCUCGCACGCAUUACUGGUGAUAUCUGUAAGUUUCCGGGUUCUGUAUCCUUUGCCACUGCUGAUCUCAGGAACCAGUGAACGACAUAUAUUGCCUACCUCAGCACAAGAGAGCGACGUUUGUGCAACGUGUGCAUCGUGUGCUCAACGAUCUGCGGCAGUGGGAUGAGCAGCUUCCCGUGGGUCUACGCCUUCAUGAAACGUCCGCUCGAAACUUGUAAGGACCAGACAAGCGCUCUACCUGAGGCCAUUGAAAACCGUCUAACCAGCCUUCCAGGUACACACUGCAUAUGCAGUAUCAUCUCUGCAUCAUGCAAACUACUAGGCCAAUCCUAUUCCAUAUCUUCAAGUCACGCUUUCACACGGGCUCUGACGCAAGCCAACAGCAGCAGACAUUCUCGCCUACUACACUCGCUCUAGCAGACGCAUGCACGCAAGCAGCUCGGACAACGAACCAACUGCUUUCCAAACUCUUUGUAGAGGGCUCACUGGCUGUGUUUGGCUACUUUGAUGCACACUACUUGUUCUCUUCGACCUUGAUAUUGAUCAUCUCGGCCGUGUUGGAGCCCGCCACACACGUCUCGGACGCUGUACAGACAGCGUUUAGCCUCUUACGAGCGAUGGCAAACAACGGAAACAUAUCGGCUAAGGACUACCUCUCCCGCUUGGAAACCAUCAGGUCUACGGUCAGCACCGUGCGGGCUGCAGCUGAAAGCUCAAAAGCGCCCUACAGCCAUGGAGGCCACAAUGUUCAGCCCGAUUUCUUGGGUCCAACAGCUUAUCCCCAAAACAAUGCAUCCUCGAUAGCCAGCUCCAACUCCAGCACCUGGGCCGGCCCUAUGCUCUCUGACGAUGACCUUGGCAACGAGGACCCGCUGGGAAACUCUUUCAUCGAAAGCUUCUUGGCUGAGAAAGCGUUUCAAUGGAAUGGAGGCCCGUCUCCGGAGCAAGACAUCUUGCGGCAGUUUGCUUACGAGCUCAGCGACGAAUUUGUCUUUGAUACCUGA